UCGAGCGAUCUGGUUGGCAUCCGCGAGACUCGCCGAGCCGGACUGUGGCACACUCGUACCCCGCGCGUCCUCGUAACCGCGUGACCACCGCGCUCCGCAGGAGUGCUCCACUCGGACCGAGCCAUCCCUCGCCGACUUCUGCACGCGAGAGCCCCUACUCGCGAGGAGUUUUGUGACGGUUCGCGAGCCGGUUGUUUGGUGAAUUCUCUGAGUGAUGUGCGCGACAACGUCGAGCCGCCGCCGCCUGGAGAUGCUCGUCCUCGGCACCUGCCUGGCCGUCCUGUGCGCCUCCUACGCUCAAGCACUGAGGCCAAAUUCAGCAGUGGACAUCGAGCCAAAGGGUCAAGUUGCGGUACGACUUGGAGAAAGCUUGAAGAUCCUCUGCAAGACGGACUCGGCUCUGAGAGUAUGUCGCAUAGAAAUUCCCGGGGAGAACAGCAUAAUUCUCUCACCUGACCAACCAGCUGAAGAUGGCAUCGAGUACUAUGGAAACGGCACGCAACACGGCCAGUGCGGAGUUCUCAUCUCCAAAAUAAUAGAGAAACACGACGGUAUCUUCAGAUGCGCGCUGACACCGAUGGACGUCCGGACCGAAAUCCUGUCCACUUUGAAAAUUGUAGUAGCCAAGCCUCCUGGGAACCCGGAGCUCUUGGUCAGCCCUGGGUUAUAUGGACGAAACACGUACAAAAAGGGCGAGAAGCUGCAAAUCAGCUGCAGCGCUCCAUCGGGUCGACCUGCUGCUAAUGUUUCCCUCUACUUAGACGACGAGCCCAUCGGCAACGAGGAAAGGCCCACCAUAUACGACUCCAACAUCGAUGACAACUCGCUGGCCGUCCAAAAUGUAUCGCGAAGUCUCGAUUGGACGGACAAUGGAAAAGUUCUUCGAUGCCUGGCCAAUCACAUCGCCCUAGACCGACCGAAGGAAACCAGCCUGCAGCUUAACGUUUACUACCCGCCGCAGCCCCAGCCGACGAUCGAACGUUUUGGAUACGUGAUUGGACGACAAGGAAUCGUGAACGUGACCGUCUACGCCAAUCCCAGGCCGCAUUUCCUCUGGAGAGUCAACGACGAGAAGAUCAACCUGGGGAUGCCCGACGAGAGCAACCGCAUCGAGACCUCCACUGCCGUUGAGUUGGGCAGGGGAGCGUGGAGCGUUAUCCUGAGCAUCGACAGCGUCCAGAAGUCCGACACGGAGAAGGAGUACAUCCUGGAAGCUCGCAACGACGAAGGAGCUUCGGAAUAUCGAAUCGUGCUAUCAACGUCUUCGGAACCAGCCGGCGUUGACCUCGACGCUGGAUCCAUCAUCGGAAUCGUCGUCGGAGUCCUGGUGUUAAUCCUGAUCGUAUUCCUGGUCAUUUUUGCCCGUGCGACUGGCCGCUGGUGCUUCGCAGCGAGGCGUAGAGGCGAUGAGGAAGCAGUCGGCGGCACUGGUGCCGGAAGUGAAUUGCACAUCACCCCCGGAGACGACGAAGACGAGCACGAAGACCCUCAUAUCAUUGACGAAAAGAUACCCCACGGAGGCCAGGAGAAUCCCAUUCACGCCAGCACCGAGUACGUCAACGGACGCACCGACGUCAAGGACAUCAAGAAAGACGAGAAGACGGACACCCCCGUCUAAUGCGCCCCCGUGAACGCGGUCUUUCAAUUUCGAAUGAUAAUUAAGAUAAAUGCGAACAACGCCAGAUAAGGAGGAAACGUUGCACCGUGUGCAACCAGGACGGGAAUACUCGUUUCCCAGCUGACCUUAAGCACGUAAUUGUCGUGGAAAUCGAGUACGCUCUGCGAGGCGUACUCGACGUACAGCGGUCGACCAUAAGAUACCGACCUUCGUAAUUAGAGCACUGAAAGGUUAAUAGACGCAUUCUGGAAGUCUCGGGUGAUCUAAGAAAAUUUCCAGAGACGACUCGUCGUGUACUCGUUCUUCAUACGUAAUGCCUACUUGAUUGAUAUCCGCGUUGGGUGGCUAUGAGUAACAGAGAUGCGGCUCUGGUCUGAUAAAAUCUCGGGUUUGAUGGGCGAAUCGAAGACGUUUUAGAGUAACUAGACUAAAAUGUGGGGUUUCAUUAAUAAAUGGGAAUUUUAAGCUGGAGAGAAUUUCUUAUCGGAUCGGAGUGGCAUUUCCUGAUGAUUGAGAUGCGAAUCGAGACGUCGACGUCGUGGUCGAUUUUGAGAUCGCGUGCUCAUCUCGACAUAAAUUUAUGAACUAUUGUGAGUAGUUCCCAUGUGCCAGCGGUCUUUUUUAUCCAGCGUUUAUUCAAUUUUCAAUUGCCACCGGGCUAGCGCAUUUCACGUUCGCGUAUUGCAUGUAAUUUCUUUUUAUUAAUCGAUGUAUGAUUUCGGCGUUAUUAAUUUUAGUUUAAUUAUAGGGAGGGACAUUCCGUCUAGAGUUGCUAGACCCUACAAUUGUAGAGCCUCCACAGCGUCUUUUAAAUUUCGCAUCACACGCUAUGCACAUUUAAUUAGAAUAAUCUGCGCGCAUUAAUAUCGAGGUCUAAUGUCACGGAAAAAUUGUCAUUGUCGUAGGUAAUACGCGUGCAUUGUCGGUUACCGUCCUGGGGAUCUGGAAAAUCGUGAUAGUAGAUCCGUAGAAAUCUGUCAUUUGUUUUCAAUGCGCUGCAGUUGCCAUUUUUUGCUUCAUUUGACACUCGACGGAUUUGAAGAUAAGAAGUAUCUCCAUACUUGAAAAACUUCCGGCCAUAAUUUAUAAAUAUCGCGACGACGUGUCGUGACUCGAAUUAUGGAAAUGCGUAACCUGCGGCCGAUGACAUCUCGAGCGGUACUUCUUUGAAGUGCGUGUGUACAUAGUUCAUCCAUCGACGUCGCAUCGUAAAAAUGGCAUUCUCUGUGGCCCAAUGCGCCUUUUCGUAGAGUGAACCGCAAUGAAGCAAAGCGAUUUUCGUGACUCAGCAAAGAAAAAUAGCAAACUAAACAAGGACGAAUUCACAACGGGGUAGAAACUGCUUCAAUUAGUAUUUUUCCCGAACAACUUUUGGAUAUACCUCUUGAAGCGGUAUUUUACCCAACUCUAAUCAAAGUUAGGAACGUGAACGAGCUUCAUGACCCUCGAGUACUCUCUUUAGAAGAUACGGAAACUUCACUUCAGCGGGAAACGUAGAGCUGGAGAUAAGAAAGGCUCAAAAUUAGCGAAGGAAAAGUUUAAAAUCGCCUAAAAUUGGAUCUGAAAGUAAAUUUGUUAUCCGAUUACUGUUAUUUAUAAAUUCUGAAUCUCAUAGUAUUUAAUUUCCCAGGUAGUCGAUAUCAGAAAACAAUGCUCCUCCGUUAUCUUGCAAACCAUGAAAAAUAAGCGAGAAUCGUUGUGUCAUAUUUAUUUUUACAUUGAUUUCAUGACUCCAUAUAGAUUAAAAAAAAAAAGUUGCGCAUGUAAAAUGUAUAACGAAAAUUCUACUCGAGCUCGUACACAUGCCUAACCGUCUGUAUAGCAUUUCAUUAACGACUUUAUAAAUUUUGGGUCUAUCGUGUAAUAAAUCAUAAUCUUUUCUGCAGAUCUAAAUGAACAAUCGAAAGGGUGUCCAAGCUACCUAAAAUCGUUAAUGCAAUGCAAACUCGACGCAAACUACAACGUUCAUGUGCGAUGGCGUUAAAGAAAGAGUUAACAGCGGAUAACAACAUAACUUUAAGCGUCUCGUUAGGGAGGAAUGUGCAUCGCCCGUCAUUUUGACGUCUCUCGGCGAGAUGUCAUUAAUAUUAAGAAGUUCGCAGGUCAUGCCGACACCACUCAGCGCGAACUCUAGCUGAAUCUCACUAGCGUAUACAAAUCAAACGUCAUAUUUCGCCGUUUUUUCCGAGGACAUUCCACGAGCGAUGACAUAUUGGGAUGUGUCAACGGUAGACUAGAUUAAUAAUACUCGCGUUUGUACCGCGGUACGACAUACUACGUGCGAUCAAUGCUUUUUAGGUAAGCGAAUUACAUUCCGUAAAAGUAGCUCCUCGCCGACCUUUAUAAAACCUCCCAAAAGCACACAUCCCAUCUCUGCAACUUAAGACCUUUCGGUCAGUAUUAAUUGUUUCAUGAUCUGACCUUAGAACGAGGUCUAAUCUUUCUACGUUAUCGUAGGAGCAGCUAUGAAAUCCAGUCCAUUUACUUUCCUGAGACUGCCUUUGCGUUAGUCAGGACUGCAUUCGCUGUGACCCACCUAAAUGCAUUGCAGUGUACUUCGCUUCCGUGAGUGACACAAUUUCUUCGGCGUUAAAGCACGAGUUUCGAUCUUUGACUCGUAACGUUUGAAAGAAUGGUGCUUUAACCAAGAAGGAGGGACUCAAAGGAACGAAGGGCGAUUUGCAUUUGUGGGGCGGGAAGAAAUGUCUUACGAUCGAAUUGUUCAGUUCGAGUCCCGAUAAUAAUUCCUGAUCUUCUAUUCGAAUUAUAAAGACAUUGCACUACAUAUGUCUGAUCAUAAAAGAAUCAUUGAAAUUAAUCGAACUGGUCCAAAAGGACUUGGAUAAAUUUUAAUCAUUUCAUACCGUAUUUCGCAUUUAGAGCGUAAUUUUAUUUAUUCAUAUUUAUUUAUUAAUGCAAGAGUAUUAGUCCAACCCAUAAAUUUAAAAUAGAGGAGUGGGCAUUUCCCUUGCUUUGGCAUUGUCCUGUUGUUGUAAUGAAAUUUUGUAUAUGUCAGCAAAUUAAUAUGAUAUUUACACGCAUUUGCCUAUUCACUGAUCUGUGUUCAUUGCAACUCGUAUGACACCAUUUUCUACAUAGAUAACAAAUUUUCUUGCAGCGACUGUACAGUGUCAAUCCAUUAACCAUAACCUGCCGCAUUAUUACCGAUAACGCAUUGUUAAUGACAAUUCUUCUCAAGCGAAUGCAGUUGAUGAUAACUCUACAGUAUUUUCACACUAUACACUAAAGUUCUCUACACUAACGAGUUUACUUUACUUCAUGAUCGGGUUUUAUUAUCCUUAACACACGUACCCCGGAAUUAUUCACAAAGCAUCAAAGGCCCUUAAUUCAGAAUCCUUUACCAAUCAAUCAUUGUAAACCUCAAAUCGCCGAGUCCAAUGAGAGAGAUUCUUAGUGAUUUACGUUAACCAUUCGGAAGCUUCGCGUUUCUUAUUAUUCUCGACGACAAUAAACGUUGUUUGUACUUUUCUACGGGGUGAAUUUUACUUAGCAAACGCUAAAGCGCCACGUUGCUGAUAAGCACCCAAUCGAUUUGUUAACGCCAACCCUUCCAAAAUCCGCACACCACGCCUAAACUUACCCACUCGUCGUUUACACGAUUAAUCUCUAUCCCACUUUUACAAAGAGGGGCAUGCAUCCGGCAAAUUCGCUGAAUUUGUCGAAUUUUUCUCCUCCUGCCGGCGAUGGCGAGUAUAUAUAAAUAAAUAUGUAUGUCUGCAAAUUUGCCGGCAGCCCGCCCGAAUUACUGCGUGUUGUAUAUACAAAUAUAUAAAUAUAUAUAUAUAUGAAUAUAUGAAUAUAUAUUAUAAAUAUUACGGAUAUGAAAUUAAAUAAUAUAGUAUUGAUAUAUUCUGCGUCGAGGCACUUGGCUUGCAACUCGUAAAUAUUUCCGACAUCUAUUUAUUAAUUUGCAUCCCAAAUGCCGAAGACCGGUCGUUAUUCGUAAUCGAGGGGAAAUAAUAAGGAAGGAGAAGAAAGAUUACAGUUUACUUAAUGGUUAACUAUCUCACGAGAGUAACGCGUGAAAGAGGGACGGAGAUAAGAAAGAAAGAAAAAAUAGAUACGUGGAUGUAUAUUGCCUAUAGGUACUCGUAACGUGUUUGCGAUCAGAAUGUUGUUUAUAACCUUUGAUAUCUGCGCUGGUGAACCACAUUUUUCAAUCUGGAUAUCGAACUAGCGUAGAUCAGCCCGAAAACGAAUCGCAGCUACUUAGGGUAUAACCAAGAUGAGUGAGAGAGAAAACGAGAAAUACAAAUGGAAUGAAUGGCUGAUAAAAGUAUGCGAGAAAGUCCGAGCGCGAGGGUACGGUGUAUCUGAAAGUUUUUUCGAGACAUACGUCGUGUAUGGAUUUUUUAUAUGCAUAACGUAGGACCACUCGGUUUUUUAAUGUUUUACAAAGUACAGCAAUCAGUUGACCGAUUUGGGAACGAUCGCAGACUGGAGAUUGCGAGCCUUUAAAUGUGUACUCGAGCACCGCAUUAUCGGUGUAAUCACUGCAAGACUAACUCCGUUUGAACAGGUCCAAAUACGUGGUAAUAAAAAUCACGAAAUUAACACUGCCAUGAAACACCGCAGACCCCAACAUAUUUCGUAGAAGAAAGAUAAACGCUCAUUGACGUUAUCAAUUUUUUCCCCGGAAAAAGAUGAGGUAUAAACAGGGCGAGGCUAAUUACGCGUCGACUUGGAGGACUUUAAAGCGUUUUCGAAUUUUUAAUAGCCUUUUCGUCCCUCUAUUUUCUCGGAAAAACUACGAGAACGUCAGGGGAGCAAGACUGUCGACGAUGCGCACCAUUUGAUUCGUUUGACUUGGGCGAACUAAUUAAUAAAAUCAAUCGAUCACCACGCAGGGCUACCGAUACUGAACUGGACGCGAGCAAGAUCCAUACGUUAAUGUACAAAGGUUCAUUGUGGUACACACAUACACUAUGAUAUUACUAUACUUAUUUCGUAAUUAGUUUAAUUAUCCCAGUAUUUGUAACGCUAAUUACUUAAAUUCCCAUGGUCAUGCUGAGACACUUUAGGUAUAUACUUUGCGCAGACAUUGUCUAUUCGGAGAGUACGGUGUAAGGAUAUCUCGCUCGAAGCGCGAGAACUCGAGGAUCGAGAGAGAAAUUUAUGAAACUCACUUUCGCCGAGAGGUGACACUAUAUUGUAAGAGCAUGAUCGUUGGCCAUACAAUGGAGUACAUAUAUAUAUAUUAUAUAUAUAUAUUUAUGUUAUAAUGUAAGGUAAUGUAAUUAUCGAUAUACGGUUUCCUGGAAAUGGUGUUCUCUGAAAGACGUUUCGAGGCCGGACCACGCUUGUUGCGCAAGAACUCUUUGUUGUUGAGUGAAAUUUUACUGGGAGUCCAAAACCAUUCGCAAUCGAAGUCGCCCUUUCGAGCGCGGUUCACGUUUUUUUUCUUUUUUUUUUUUUUCCAAAGCCGAUCACGAUAGCACGUAGUGCAUACCGCGUUCCAAGAUCGCGUGCACACUUUACACGACAAAGAAUUCAUUGCAACAAUGCCCUAACAUGGCCGUAGUAUUUCGAGGCCGUUUAAGGAUAAUUCAAGGGCAACUACGAAGUUAAUGUCGAUUUAAGGAGCCGGUGAGAGGAAAUUAAAAGACGCACUUGCGACCGCGUAAGACGAAUUGAAAAGUAAGAGAAAAUUUUGUAUCUGUACUUGUAGAUACAAUGCAAUAGGCAAGAGUAAAUCUUAUUAAGGAUUCAAAUGAAAUUAAUAUAUAGAGAACUGUAUGUAAUAAGUAUAAGUUCAUUCAUCGCUAUGAUAUUAUACUAGGUAUUAUAUGAUUUUUAAAAUAAAACAUUUGUUUUAAAUACAA